AAAGCAAGAGACGCUCAGCUGACAAUCACAUAAAAAGAAAAUAUAGAUUUUCCGUUUUUAAAUUCGGGGUCAAAAUGAAGCACGGCCGUGUCCCAGAGCUUCCGGAGGAUUUCUAUAUCCCCAUCGCCCUGGAUACGGACAACAUCACGGCUCUCAGCCCAUUCCUGGUCCCCCAGGACCAUCUAGCAAACAAAGCCACCUUCUAUUCAAUGGCCUUUUACAUGUUUUUUAUAUUAAUUGUGGGCACUUUCAUCAAUGCUCUUACGGUUGCUUGCACCAUCCAAAACAAGAAGCUCCGGUCCCACCUCAACUACAUCCUGGUGAACUUGGCUGUGUCGAACCUUCUUGUGUCUGGUGUGGGCGCUUUUACUGCCUUCUUCUGCUUUGCUGCCAGAUAUUUUGUCCUCGGAACAUUAGGAUGCAAGAUAGAAGGCUUUCUAGCAACGCUUGGCGGUAUGGUAAGCUUGUGGUCUCUUGCUGUGAUAGCUUUUGAAAGAUGGCUGGUCAUCUGCAAGCCACUUGGUAACUUUAUUUUCAAGCCAGACCAUGCUCUGGUCUGCUGUGCAUUCACCUGGGUGUUUGCACUGGCUGCCUCACUUCCUCCACUGGUCGGAUGGAGCAGGUACAUCCCAGAAGGCCUGCAGUGCUCCUGUGGUCCAGACUGGUACACAACCAACAACAAAUACAACAAUGAAUCUUACGUGCUGUUUCUCUUCGGGUUCUGCUUUGCUGUUCCCUUCUCCACAAUUUGCUUCUGCUACUCCCAGCUUCUGUUUACGAUGAAAAUGGCGGCAAAGGCCCAAGCAGAAUCUGCCUCGACCCAGAAGGCAGAGCGGGAGGUUACCAGGAUGGUGGUUCUCAUGGUGAUGGGGUUCCUGGUGUGCUGGAUGCCAUACGCCUCUUUCGCUCUUUGGGUGGUCAACAACCGCGGGCAGACUUUUGACCUGAGGUUUGCUUCGAUUCCAUCCGUCUUUUCCAAGUCCUCUGCAGUUUACAAUCCGGUCAUCUAUGUACUCCUCAACAAACAGUUCCGAUCAUGCAUGAUGAAGAUGCUGGGGAUGGGUGGAGGUGAUGAUGAAGAGUCGUCGACAUCGUCAGUGACCGAAGUCUCCAAAGUUGGACCUGCUUAGACUGAACAUCAAGACCGUUGACUUCUCUGCCACUAAUGAUUGUGGAUUGUAAAUAACAUUAAAUGUAAGUGUGUUUUGUCAUAAGAAAAGCAAAAGUAUAUGCGAUUCAAAUAAUAAAUGAAUCCUAAAUAAUCUGCAAAGUGAAAAAUAAAAAAAAUAUGAA